AUGGCUAUAAGGGCGAUAAGGGGAUACCGCACCGUCUCUAAAAAUGCUGCGUGUGUCCUUGCCGGCAGUAUCUCGUGGGAUAUUGAAGCCGAGUCACUGGCUGAAAUAUUUUGGCUAUGCCAGGAGGAACGUGAGGUAGGACGAAUCCUAUCGAUAGUCCAGAUACGGCGAUGGAGAAGAGCAGCACGGGACCGAGAUUUUGACCUUUGGCUCGGUCGUCUGAAUGAGUCCCUAGUCAGCGUCGAGCUGCUAAACGCAAUGCGUCCCGUACUGAGGGAAUGGGUGGACAGAGACAGCGGUGCGUUGUCGUACCGUCUCACACAAGUACUGACCGGGCACGGCUGCUUCGGUCAGUAUCUGUGCGACAUGGCUAGACGCGAGCAAAACACUGCUUGCCAUCACUGUAGUGACGACCGGGAUACGGCGCAGCACACGUUGUUCGUCUGUCCCGCUUGGAGCAGUCAAAGAGCGGCCUUACAGGCCACUAUUGGACCCGACAUCACGCUGCCGGCCAUCGUUCGUGCGAUGCUGGACAGCCAACACUAUUGGAGGGCAGUCGAGGCAUUCGCCGAAGUGGUGAUGUCGUCGAAAGAGGAGGCGGAGCGCAGGCGAGAGGCGGAGGCGCUCGAUCCUCAGAGAAGGCCGAGGCGGAGACCAAGGGCCAGACAUGGUCGCGAUAUCCCGCCUUAG